AUGAUCUCCUCCUCCAAGCAGCGAGCAGCAAUCAGCGAUUCCAGCGCUUUCGCGUCGAUUCUCUGGAGCUGCGGCAAUCUCGAGCAGGGGAAGAGUAUCCAGGCAUGGAUGAUCGACAAUGGAGGGAUGGACAGGGGGACCUUCUUCGGCAAUCUCUUGGUCCAGAUGUUUGGGAGCUGUGGCAGCAUUGAGAAUGCACAGGCAGCGUUCCAUCGAAUCCACGGCCGGAACUUCUUCUCGUGGAAGAUCUUGCUUGCGGCGUAUGCCCAGAACGGGGAAAUGACCCUCGCGAGCUCGCUGCUUGGAUUGAUGCCCGCCCACGACACCGUCGCGUGGACAACCAUGAUCACUGGCUAUGGAAAGAGCGGCAAUCUCCACAUUUGCGAGAAACUCUUCCAGGAGAUCCAGACCCGGGAGGACUGUGGAGUGGCGUCUUGGAACGCGAUGAUCGCGGCAUACACCGCGAAUGGGCAUCACAGCGAGAGGGCUCGGACGGGAAAGCUCAUGCUCUUGGAUGGAAUCCGCCCAAACAAAUCCACUCUCAUGAAUCUCCUGGAGCUCUCCAACACCAGGAAGCUUUGCCAGUGUUUGAUCGAAGAGACCGAGCUCCAGUGUGAUCCCACUGUGGGAGCUUCGCUGUUGAGAGCUCACGGGCGAUCUGGAAAGCUUGCGGAGGCGAGAGCCAUCUUUGAGAGGAUCCGGGGUGACAAGACUCUCAUCGCUGGAAACACCAUGCUCUGGGCUUACGCGCGAAACAGCUGCUUGGUGGAAGCUCGCGAGUUCUUCGAGGGGAUGGCUCGACGGGACGUUGUCUCGUGGACGACGCUCUUCUCGGGAUGGAUCCAGCAGCAGCAUACUGGCGAUGGCGAUCUUCGCGAUCUUCAUCGGGCCAAGAGCGUCUUCGAUCGAAUGCCCCAGUGGAACACUGUCUCCUGGAACUCAAUGCUGGCGGGGCUCGGAUCCAGCGGAGAAGUCGAGGCUGCGGAGGAGAUGUUUGAGCUGCGAGCCGGAGGAGAGCUCCGAGACGUCGUGACUUGGAACUCGAUGAUCACGUCCUACGCUCGCCAUGGGAGCUUCUCUCGAGCGCUGAGCCUGCUCAAGCGGAUGGACUUGGAAGGGGAGCCUCCAAACCGAGUUACGUGGAUCACCAUCCUCGACUGCUGCGAUGAUCUCCAACAUGGAAGGCUGCUUCACGACGAACUGGAGCGCUCGCCUGAUCUCAGCUCGGACGCGGACUUGAGUUGCCUGCUCAUCGACAUGUACGGGAAAUGCCACAGCCUGGAAGACGCUUGCAAGUCCUUCGAGAAGAGCUCCACCACCACCAGUGUAAGGUCAUGGACUGCAUUAGUCGGAGCGUUUGUUGCAAACGGCUCAAACCGGAGAGCGAUUGAGAGCUUCCACAGAAUGGUGCUGGAGGGCGUCCAUUUUGACAAGGUGGCCGUGCUGAGCGUGCUGGAAGCCUGCUCUGGAGCCGGAAACUUGGACAGAGGACAGCUCCUCCAUCGCUAUGCGGUCGAGAGAGGCUGGCAAACGGACGUCUUGGUCGGGACCGCGGCGCUCAACAUGUACGUCAAGUGUGGGAGAUUCGAGCAGUCGAAGCUCGUCUUCGAUGCCUUGCCGGAGAAGAGCCUCGUGUCGUGGACGUCGAUGGUGUCCAGCUAUGCCGGGAGCGGACGCUUUGCCGAGGCGCUGAGAGCUUUCAAGCUCAUGGACUUGGCCGGCCUGGGAAUGGACGGUGUCGCUCUGGCUUGCAUCUUCGACGUCUGCGCGGCCUUCACAGCUCUCUCGGACGGCAGCGCUGUCUACUCGAGCGUCGAGGCGAGCGGCGAGAAGCUCGAUGUCACUGCUGGAGCAGCCGCCAUCAACAUGUAUGGAAAAUGCGGAGAUGUGUCGAGCGCGGCGGAGAUCUUCUCGCAGUACCGGGCCUGGGAGUGGAGUUUGGUGCUCUGCACGACAAUGGUGGCCGCCUUUGCUCGAAACGGACAUGGCCGACGAGCUCACGAGCUUUUUGAGUUGAUUGAGCUUCAAGGACUAGAACUGGACGUUGUCAGCUUCACCACCAUUCUUGCUGCGUGUAGCGCUGCCGGGCUGCUCCACGACGGUCACGGGUACUUUGUUUCCAUGAGAGGGGACUAUGCUCUCGCUGCCACCAUGGAUCACUACGUUUGCGUGAUCGAUCUGCUGGCAAGAUCUGGGCGAGUUGACGAGGGCCUAGCUUUGCUGACAACCAUGCCUUUUGAGCCUGAUGGAGUCUCGUGGGUGACUGUGUUGAGCAGCUGCAAAACUCAUGGCGAUUUUGAUGUGGCUGCCACCCUUGCUGCUCGAGUGCCUGCCUCGGAAGCCGAUCAUCCAGGAGCGCUCGUUACAUUCUUUAAUCUCAUUGCAGAUUCAUCACCAUUGCUCGGUUAG